AUGCCGGCGAACCCGAACGCGCAGCAGAAGGAGACCCGUAUUGCCAUUGUCAACUCGGACAAGUGCAAGCCGAAAAAGUGCCGGCAGGAAUGCAAGAAGUCGUGCCCCGUGGUGCGCAUGGGGCGGCUGUGUAUCGAGGUGACGCCGACGAGCAAGAUUGCCUUCAUCUCCGAGUCGCUCUGCAUUGGCUGCGGUAUCUGCCCCAAGAAGUGCCCCUUUGAGGCGAUCAACAUCAUCAAGCUGCCGACCAACCUCGAGGCCGAGACGACGCACCGGUACAGCGCCAACAGCUUCAAGCUGCACCGCCUUCCCGUGCCGCGCGCGGGCCAGGUGCUGGGACUGGUGGGGACCAACGGUAUCGGCAAGUCGACGGCGCUCAAGAUCCUGGCAGGCAAGCAGAAGCCCAACCUGGGCCGCUACGACGACCCGCCCGACUGGCAGGAGAUCCUCAAGUACUUCCGCGGCAACGAGCUGCAGAACUUCUUCACCAAGGUGCUCGAGGACAACAUCAAGGCGCUGAUCAAGCCGCAGUACGUCGACCACAUCCCGCGCGCCAUCAAGGGCAAGGCGACGGUCAACGAGCUGCUCGAGGGCAAGCUGGAGCGCACCAACAAGGACGAGAUCGUCGACGUCCUCGACCUCAAGGAGGUCCUCGACCGCGACGUCCAGAACCUCUCGGGUGGAGAGCUGCAGCGCUUCGCCAUCGGCAUGUCGUGCAUCCAGAAGGCCAACAUGUACAUGUUUGACGAGCCGUCGUCGUACCUCGACGUCAAGCAGCGUCUCAACGCGGCCAAGAUUAUCCGCUCGCUGCUCGACUCGGACACGUACGUCAUCUGCGUCGAGCACGACCUGUCGGUGCUCGACUACCUCUCCGACUUUAUCUGCUGCCUCUACGGCGUCCCCUCGGUCUACGGCGUCGUCACCGUCCCCUCGCCCGUGCGCGACGGCAUCAACAUCUUCCUCGACGGCUUCAUCCCCGCCGAAAACAUGCGGUUCCGCCAGGAUUCGCUCACCUUCAAGAUCUCGGAGACGGCCGAGGAGGAGGUCAAGGAGCGCACGCCAAAGUACACGUGCCCGCCCAUGACCAAGACGCUGGGCGGCUUCCACCUCACCAUCGAGGGCGGCGAGUUUUCCGACUCGGAGAUCAUCGUCUUCCUCGGCGAGAACGGCACGGGCAAGACGACGUUUGUCAAGAUGCUCGCCGGCAAGCUCGAGCCCGACGCGGGCGCCGAGAAGCCGCCGCAGCUCAACGUGUCGCUCAAGCCGCAGACGAUCGCGCCCAAGUUUACCGGCACGGUGCGGAUGCUGCUGCUCAAGCAGAUCAAGGCCGCCUUUAUGCACCCGCAGUUCCAGACCGACGUCGUCAAGCCCAUGAGUCUCGACAACAUCAUCGACCAGGAGGUCCAGACGCUGUCGGGCGGAGAGCUGCAGCGUGUCGCCCUGGUCCUGGCGCUCGGCAAGCCCGCCGACAUCUACCUGAUCGACGAGCCAUCGGCGUACCUCGACUCGGAGCAGCGUAUCAUUGCGUCGCGCGUCAUCAAGCGCUUCAUUAUCCACUCCAAGAAGACGGCCAUGAUCAUCGAGCACGACAUCAUCAUGGCCACCUACCUAGCCGACAAGGUCAUUGUCUACGAGGGACAGCCCUCGGUCAAGGCGACGGCCAAGCGCCCCGAGUCGCUCCUCACCGGCAUGAACUCGUUCCUGGCCACGCUCGAGGUGUCGAUGCGCCGCGACCCGACCAACUACCGCCCGCGCGUCAACAAGCUCAACUCGAUCAAGGACAAGGAGCAGAAGGCCGAGGGCAACUACUUCUUCCUCGAGGACUAG